AUGGCUGCAGCGGAGACCGCCUUGCCCUCCAUCAGCACGCUGACCACCCUGGGCCCCUUCUUGGACACACAGGAAGACUUCCUCAAGUGGUGGCGCUCUGAAGAGGUGCAGGACUUGGGCCCAGGCCCCCCCGACCCCACAGGGCCACCCCUCCACGUGAGGCCUGAGUUGGAGGACACGCCCGGGGAGGACGAAGACGAUGAGAGGGACGCGGCUACCCCCUGGGACCUGGAUCUCCUACUCACCAACUUUCCGUGCCCAGAGCCGGGCAGCGCGCCCCAGACCUGCGUCCCCCAGACUUGCGCUCUGGCGCCUGGCGAAGGUUCCGGGGUGCAAUUCCCACUGCCGCCCGAGACUCUGGGCGCGUACGCGGGCAGCCCGGGGCUGGUGGCUGGGCUCUUGGGUCCCGAGGACCACCCGGGCUGGGCGCGCCCGGCCCCACGAACCCCGGCUCCCGAUGCCUUCGUAGGCCCAGCCCUGAUUCCAGCCCCCGAGCCCAAGGCGCUGCCGCUGCAGCCGAUGUACCCGGGACCGGGUGCGGGUUCCUCCGGCAGCUACUUCCCCCGGACGGGGCUUUCAGUGCCUGCAGCGCCGGGAGCCCCCUACGGGCUGCUGUCCGGGUACCCUGCGCUGUACCCGAUGCCGCAGUACCAAGGGCACUUCCAGCUCUUCCGCGGGCUCCAGGCUCCGGCGCCCGGUCCCGCCACGCCCCACUCCUUCCUGAGUUGUCUAGGGCCCGGGACGACGGGUGCAGGACUCGGGGGGACCACAGGAGACCCAGGAGGGACCGCGGAGGCCGCACCAUCCAAGCGCAGCAGGCGAUCGUGGGCGCGCAAGAGGCAGGCUGCGCACACGUGCACGCACCCGGGCUGCGGCAAGAGCUACACCAAGAGCUCUCACCUGAAGGCGCAUCUACGCACGCACACAGGGGAGAAGCCAUACGCCUGCACGUGGGAUGGCUGUGGCUGGAGGUUCGCGCGCUCCGACGAGCUGACCCGUCACUACCGAAAGCACACCGGUCAGCGUCCCUUCCGCUGCCAGCUCUGUUCGCGUGCUUUUUCGCGCUCGGAUCAUCUGGCCUUGCACAUGAAGCGUCAUCUUUGA